AUGCUAGCCCUGGCCCUCCUCCUCCUCGUAACGGUACGCGCCUCCGGUUCAGCCUUCGUGGCCUGCCUCAACCAAACGCGCGUGAUGGAGAUGUUGGCAUCCGACGCCGCUACGCCCAUCUACCUCAAUUCCGUUGACACCGUUAAGGCCUGUAGUGCUGCCUGCGCCGCGGACAAGUUCACAUACUCCCUCGCCUCCGAUAUCGAUCCGACCUGCCUCUGCACCUCGAUCCUGGACGGCAUUACUUCCGAGGACGUUGUGACUGGCUGGAUGAACGGCGUCUGCCACCCCGAAGACUACACCCUCUCAAUUGCAACCACAAGCUGGCUCUUCAUGGGCUGCCAGCCGCCUCCUGGAACCGAACGCAUGAGUCCCGAUGACUGCCUGUCGUCCUGCGAGCAGGGGUGGGCUGCGCUGAGUCCCCUCCCCCCUCCGAAAGGCGGGUGGUCAUGCCACUGUGCCCCGACCGCCCGACUCACGGGAUUCAACUGCUCCGCCGAGGCUGGAACGUGGUAUACCCGCCUCGUGCCAAGCGGCCGUACACUGCGCAUCCUGCGUGCACAGGUUGUUCCGGGAUUGUGCCCGGUCCCGCUUACUGCCUGCAGCGUCAAGGACACGGAUGGGUGGGAGUGUAUCGACUCGCGGGGCGAGCUGGGUUAG